ACAGAGCUCAGCUCGAGAAGCAGGGAACUGGCGGAUGACUACAACAUUUUCAUUUGGAUAUAUAUGUUUAUAAUUUGCCUAUCAUAAUGCCGAAAGUACACAUGCACAUAUAUACGGGAUGGUUAGUUAGGCAACCGAUUUACUUAAGUUGGUUGCUGCAUUUUUCUAUUUUUAGUCUUUUUGGUGCAUCGUUUGGAGAGGUCCGUUACGUGCUUCCAGAGGAGAUGCAGCGCUUGUCUGUUAUCGGGAAUGUUGCGAAGGAUCUGAACUUGAAAGUGACCGAGCUUGAUGCGCGUCGAGCCCGGGUUGUUGCAGACGGUACGAGGCAGCUGUGUGAACUGGAUACCGGGUCGGGCAAUCUUUUGAUUAGCCAGCGAAUAGACCGUGAGGAGCUAUGCGCGCAAGCUACUGUGUGCGUCCUGCAGUACCAGCUUUUACUUGAAGAUCCACUUAAAGUAUAUAGCCUCGUUUUAGAUAUACAAGAUGUCAACGACAACAGUCCAGUUUUCGCUACCGGAGAGAUAAAUCUGGAUUUAGUUGAAUCAACAAUUCUGGGGAGGCGCUUUCCGUUGGAGAGCGCGCAUGACCCCGAUCUGGACACAAAUUCAGUUCGUGAAUAUAAGUUGAGUCCCAAUGAACAUUUCGCCCUGGAAAUGAGUAUGGAAAUGAAUGGCAAUGUGUAUCCGGAACUUGUCCUAAAAAAGACUCUCGAUCGAGAGACCCAAGCUGAACAUACACUGAUAAUCAAUGGGAUUGACGGUGGCAAUCCAGUCAGAACAGGAACUGCGUCCAUCCAUAUCCGUGUUUUGGAUGCCAAUGAUAAUGCCCCAGUUUUUAGCCAAAGAGUUUACAAAGCAUCUGUGCUAGAGAAUACAGUCAAAGGGGCUUUGAUUCUGAAGCUGAAUGCCACAGAUUUAGAUGAAGGUGUUUAUGGGGAUGUGUCAUACUCUUUCAGUCAUGUAUCAGAUAAAACGAAAGGACUUAUUGAAAUUGACCCACAAACCGGGGAGGUCCGGGUGGCAGGUCUCAUUGACUAUGAAGAAGCUGGUACGCACGAGCUGGAUGUCCAGGCUAAAGAUGGCGGCGGUCAAACAUCGCACUGCAAAGUUAUAAUUGAUGUUAUUGACACGAAUGACAAUAAGCCCGUGAUAGAAGUAAAAUCUGCCUCCGCCACAGUGGCUGAGGACUCCAAACCAGGAACUAUGGUGGCUCUAAUUAACGUUUAUGAUCUGGACACUGGAAAUAGCGGGCGGGUUAUGUGUGCAAUCUCGGACAAUGUUCCAUUUAAACUGAUAUCAGAGGUAAAGAAUUAUUACAUGUUAGUGACUGACGAUAUGUUAGACAGAGAGGUACACUCAGACUAUAACAUCACAGUGACUGCUACCGAUGCGGGCACUCCAUCUCUCUCCAGUGUAAAGUUAAUAACUAUCAUGGUCAGUGAUAUCAAUGACAACCCUCCGACUUUUACGCAGGGCGAGUACAUUGCCAGUGUUUGGGAAAACCAACCCGUUGGCACGUUUGUAAUGAAACUGAAAGCCGAAGACAUUGAUGACGGUUCGAAUGCUAAGAUAUCAUACUUUGUUUCGAAGGACACGAACCCAGAAAUGUCAUCGUUCCUUACAAUCAACUCAGCAACGGGAGAGCUCUUCACAUCGCGCCUCUUCGAUUACGAACAAUCAGUUUAUUUCCAAAUGCGCGUGACGGCUCGAGAUGAAGGCGAUCCCCCACUUUCUGGCACUUGCACAGUAAACGUCUUCAUAGGGGACCAUAAUGAUAACUCACCUGUUGUCUUAUAUCCUGUUCAAGCCGCCGGGUUUAUUGCUGAAGACAUGGUGCCAGUAGAAGCACCUAAGGGUUACCUAGUCACUAAAGUGGUUGCCGCAGACGCUGACUCUGGACACAACGCUUGGCUUUCCUACAAAAUUAUCAAAGCAACGCAGCCUAACCUGUUUACUGUAGAUCUGCACACAGGAGAGAUUAGAACAGUGCGAGCGUUCCUAGAGGAUGACGAACCAAAACAAACCAUUGUGAUCUUAAUAAAGGAUAACGGGCCCGAAUCUCUCUCUGCCACUGCCACAGUCAGCAUAGCAAUUGGUGAUGGACUGCCUGUUUUAAAGGAACUCUUUGACCUUACAGAUGAAUCGCAAGGCGCAGAUAACCUAACUCUGUAUUUGAUAUUCGCUCUGGCAACUGUUUCCUCUCUUUUCAUCCUCUUAAUCGGUGCAGUGAUUUAUUUCAAGCUCUGCCGGCGUGGUUAUGUGUACCGAUCCACCACCGCCAGUCUCCCCGUUUUCCCCACGACAUACUGCCCUCCUAGCUACACUGAUGCAAGCCGGUGCGGGACCAUUUUUAAAGAUGAGCGGUACGAUUCCUUUUUGACCACUGGCUCAUGGAGAGGUGACUUUCGUUUCGGGUCUAACAUAGACACCGACACACUGAAGAAAAGAAGUGCAGCUUAUCAAAAAAAUACCCUAAGGCGAAUCAGUGCAGACAGGGCUUCUAGUCUGAAGGUGAGGGCAGGUCAUCCUUGUUACAUGAUCACUUGAGAGCCAGAUAUAACAAAUAAUUAAAUAUUGUUAAAUAAACCCUGUGAAUUCAAGUGAAACCUUGAUUUUCUUUGUUGCAUAUUGUUUCAAAAUGUACCUUUUCAUGAUUGCAAAUUGAAUAUUCCUUGUCAUUUUUUUUAAUGGUCAUUAAGAGAAAGAAAUCAAGAUAUUUUUGCAGAGGUAUAUGAAAAUACAUGUUUUCAGUGUACCUUGAC